GGAAGUGCGGCGAGGUUUGAUUUUUGCGCGGCAUUUUCCCCUCCAACUCCCGCCUGGAGCCGCUUGAGGAGCGCGAUGAAAGAAUCAGCACCUUUACCUACCUUAUCUGGAUCCAGCCUAAGAUCAAAGAAAAGGGGACUGAGUGUUGAAGAGAAGAGAGCUCGAAUGAUGGAAAUAUUUUUUGAAUCAAAAGAUGUGUUCCAGUUAAAAGAUAUUGAGAAAAUUGCUCCAAAAGAGAAAGGAAUCACUGCAAUGUCAGUGAAGGAGGUCUUACAGAGUUUAGUCGAUGAUGGUAUGGUGGACACGGAUAGGAUUGGGACUUCAAAUUACUUUUGGGCUUUUCCAAGCAAAGCUCUUCAUGCAAGAAAAUGUAAAUUGGAUGAACUGAAGAAUCAGUUAUCAGAAUAUAGCCAGAAGAAAGAGAGUUUACAGGAAAACAUUGAAAAAUCAAAAACUGGACGCCAAGAUACUGCAGAACGUGCUGCAUUAACAAAAGAACUUGCUGCCCUUCGUCAGAAUAAAGACCAACUGAAGUCAGAAAUAGAAAAAUACAGAGAGUGCGACCCAGAUGUUGUUGAAGAGAUCCGACAAGCAAAUAAAGUAGCUAAGGAGGCAGCCAACAGAUGGACUGAUAAUAUCUUUUCAGUAAAAUCUUGGGCCAAAAGGAAGUUUGGAUUUGAAGAAAACAAAAUUAACAAAACAUUUGGUAUUCCAGAAGACUUCGAUUACAUUGACUAAAAGUGGUUAGUAAAGAUGGCAAAUAAUACUAUUCAGCUGGCAUUAUUUUUAUUGUGCAAUUUCCUUUUUCUAAAAAUUUGAUUGUUACUUGUACUUUGGUAAAUAAAGUCUGGAAGUAGA